UGUAUCUGUAUCUGUAUCUGUGGCUAUAACUUUGGCUGCAUUGCCGCGAGACGUUCCAUUUUUUUUGUGUUUUAAACGACUGGCGAGAUAACAAAGAAAGUGAGAUCAAGUCCGCGAGAUCGUGGCGAAAGAAGAAAAAGAAGAUUUGAAAGAAACUUUUUGCUUUUGGCCACCGCGGAACUGACAAAUGUUAAAUACCAAUAGACCGUCGAGGAAUUAAGACGCGUCGCGUCGUCGCCUGUUACCAAAAACGGAUUUAAACACCUAGUAUUAUCCGCGCCACUCGAACAAGAACAUAGAAAAGAAAAUAAAAUGUCUCCCAUUUAUAAAUUAACACCUCUUUUGGUGAUACUCACCUUAUUUAUUGGAGUACAGUGCCUCGACAGUGAAUACGAUCCAAGGAGUGCGCGUUUAAUGCAAUUUUUGAAUGAACCUCAUUUCGGUCAUAAUAGGCAGGGACCCGUGCCUCCGCCAGGACUAUUGCAAGCUGCCAGGAUUCGUUCGCGGUCGGAUAGCUUACCCCUGCUCUCGAUCUCGCCCCACAAACAUCCCAAGGACUUCCCUCUGCGUUCCCAACAGCCUGCCACAGUACAACAUAUUAUGCGACGCGAGCAGUUCGGCAAUUAUCCUUCAAACGAUCAGCACAGGAGGUACCAGUUCGAUCAGAAUCAGCCUACAAGGUUUGCUCACGUAAAGGAUGCUCCCGUCUUAGAUGUAGGAAAGAAUCAGUUUCCGCAAUACGUUUCUGAGCAGUACCUACAAAAUUUCAAGGCCUCCCCUCGAUUUAACGGCAAUGUGAUUAUGAAGGAUCAUAAACCAGUCUACGCGCCCAUCCAGCAGCAUGCUAUUCCUGUUCAAGCUUCUCAAUAUCUGCAUUACCCCAAGCUUUUUGGGCAACAGGGUCCCAAUUUUAACAUUGUGCCCUCCCAGCAGACGGCUCUCCAAAAUCCACAGUUCCAGCAGGACCAGAGUAGUUACUCAGUCCACGAAGAGUCCGAAAAUCAACAGAAACCAUUAACCAACCAGGCGGCUGUAAACUAUCGCCAGGCGAUACCACCUGCCAAGGAAUCAAAGGAAGCUCAGGAAUACUUACACUUCAUGGGCACAAAUGAGUAUUUUUUGCCCAAGAGAGAUCCGGAUUACAAAAAACUUGAUGCCGAGCAUGAUCAGCAGAAGCAACUAAAUCAAUAUCCACUUCAGCACCAACACACACCGUUGCAGCAACAGCAACCACUGUUGCAGCAUCACCACCAGCAUCAGCCGUUGCAACUUCAGCAACCACAGCAACAUCAGCUACCACAGCAACCCCAGCAACAUCAGCUACCGCAGCAACACCAGCAUCAGCCCCUGCACCAACAUCUUCACUACAAGACCGCUUCUGGCCCAGACAACUCGGUCUCCUCCAGUUACAAUGAGCCCAUACAAGUUUCCGAUCUGUUCUACCAACAAGAUCCCGCCCCUGCGAAUUCCGCUGUUGUGCGCGGCAGCUACCAAGCCGGCCAGGAUGUGUUUGUGGUCAAGUCAGAUGGCAACAAGGCGGUGAAGCAUGUUGUAUCCACGCCCAUGUCAGUGCAAGCCUCGACACAAACUCCGCCAAAAAGCCAUCACCUGACCAAGAGUCACAAGAGCUACACGCCAGAGCCUCUGAGAUUUGAGUUCACAGAGCAAGAUGCAAUCCGGGGAUCCAUGAAGUACACAAAGUCUCCACAAGGCAAUACCUACUACUAUGAAACCGUGGCCCAAACACCUCGUGAGCCAGCCAAGACCGCAACACCGAUCCUGGAUGUGGCCAAGCCCAUCAAGGAAUUCAGCGAUGAUCCAGAGGAUAGUGCCGACACUGAAAUUGUAAAGCAGCCUGAGGCACCACAGAUUCCAACCGUGACGAGUACAUCUGCACAGGAUUCUUCAAAGGACACAGAAAGUUACUGUGAAAAGAUCUGUGCUAAUGUUUAUGACGAAAACGAUGAAAUAAUCUGUGGAUCCGAUGGAUACAUGUACACGGGAGAAACACAGCUCCAGUGUUACUCAUCAUGUCUUAAUAUAAGUGUGACGAUCAAAAGUAAAGGCUCCUGCACAUGAAGAGGAAUCCAAGGAAAUCAUUAAAUUAAUUAAAUUUAUUAUAGCAGUUAUAAGAUUUUCAAAGCCUAAUUAUAGUCUCUAAAUGCGCACGAAUUCGCUCCCUGGCAAUGGUGUAAAAAAGGGUUUUAUAAAAGUUAUAUUGGUCUAUGGACAAAAUGUAACUAAUGUUGGAAAAUGGAAUCG